GUGUGUGUUUGUGUUUUGCUCCCUUUUCUCAGUGUCUCUUUCCAGACUUGACAGCAUCUAGCUGUGGAGCACGGAGCUACAAAGUUAGAUGUCCUUCUCUGCCCACCACCUGGCUGCCAGGCCUAUCGGAGACCCAAGAGGUCGCUAGGAGGUCCCCAGAAAUGGCGUCCCAGAAACCGGCCCCUCGAGCUCCCCAGGAGAGCCUGUCCGAGGCCAAGGCACGGCCAUGGCUACACCCGGGCACCAGAACACUCUGGAGAAGUUCUGGAAAAGGGGCGAAGGAAGCUGACCAUCAGCAGAAAGAAUCAAAAUACAAGCCCCUCUAUCAAAACCCUGUGAUGAACCGGAUGAAGGCGCCGGUGGGUGCUGGCCUCUCUACCGCCGCCCUGCUCUCCUCCUCCUUGCUAGGGGCUGCCUCGCUGUCCCCCCAGCGCGAUUACAGCUUCUCCUUCUGGCAAGAGAUCCCAGAGGUGAAAAGCCGAGGGCUGCUGGAGGGCCUCCCGUCGCAGCAGCGCCACCUACAGGAGGCCAUGUUCGAGGUGAUCACUUCCGAGGCCUCCUACCUGCGCAGCCUCCAGGUGGCCGUCUUCCACUUCCAGCUGUCUCCCGCCUUACGUGGGGCUGUCACGGGGGCCCAACUGCAGCAGCUCUUUUCCAAUCUCUCGCAAGUCAAGGGCACCAGUGAGAGGUUUCUGCUGCAGCUGGAGGAUCACCUGGAUGAGGAUGUCUUCUUGCCGGGUCUUGGGGAAGUGGUCCUGAAAAACUGCCCUGCUUUCCACCGGGCUUACGUUCCCUACGUCACCAACCAGAUGUAUCAGGAGCAGCUCAUGCAACGGCUGAUGAAGGGGAACAGCCGCUUCCUGCACGUCCUGCGCACGCUGGAGGAGCAGCCCAUCUGCCAGAGGCAGCCCUUGAAAGCCUUCCUGGUCUUGCCCUUCCAGAGGAUCACUCGGCUCAAAAUCCUACUGCAGAACAUCCUGAAAUGGACCAGACCCGAUUCUGAGCUGGCAAAAUCAGUGGGCUUGGCCCAUGAGGCCGUGGGGGAGAUUGUGUCCCAAUGCAACAGGAACGUCCAAGCCAUGAAACAGAAAGAGGAGUUGGUGAUCCUGGAAAAACGGAUGGACUUCUCCAAGGUCAAACCUCUUCCUCAAUUCAGCCAGGGUCGCUGGCUAGUUCACGAAGGAGAACUCCGGCAGGUCCUAGUCCAAGAGGCCGGACUCGGCUACCGGCCCCAGGUCAGCAUGAAGUCCAUUUAUCUACACCUGUUCAACGACUUGCUGCUGCUUUCUCACCUCAAGGAAGACGGGCGCUUCUUGGUGAUGGACUACGCCUGGGCUGGUCACGUCAAAGCUGAGCUUUUCAGAGCAAAACCCUUGGGACUCCCAGAAUGGAGCUUCUACCUCUCCAUGGCCCGGAACCACAGAGAUGAAAGCAGAGAUCUGGUCCUCAAGGCAGGGAGCGAGGCCCAAAGACAGGAAUGGAUUUCACGGCUAACAAGCCACUGAAACCUCGAGGCAGGAAUUCCCAGGAGCUUCGAUCCGACUCCCCACCUCUGCCAGGCCUUGCUGUUCUGACCCUAGGCUUCCCCAAAAAGCACAAAGCAGAAUCCUGGUCCCAACAAAACCCCUUUUAUUAAACAGACAGUGAAUUCUUCUCAUUC